UCAAAAUCCAGAAAAAGAACAGUAAACCAUGAGAGUUCCCCCAAGUGACGGCGACCGGUACGCCGCCGGCGGCGGCGCUGGCGACUCCGCCCGCCGUCUUCGUAGCUCGUCGGGCCCUCCAUGUGUCUUCAGUUUUCUACGGCGGCAGCCGGCUCCCUUCCGCGCCGACAGCCUUGCUGCAACACCGACCGCAUCCGCAUCGAUGGAUCCUCCCCCGUGUCCGGCGGCUCGUCGGCGCAACGGCGGGUCUCAGGUCAGAUCAGAUCGAUUCGAUCCCUUUCUUGCCACCCCGGACCAAAAAGCCGGAGGAGGAGAAAUGAAUAAACAGGGGCCAUGGUCGCGGGUGGCUUUGCCGGCGACUCAAGCAAGGCACCGUCUUUCUUACACGGCUUCUUCCGGUGCCCCCGCCGGCGAGCCCAAAGCUAAGCAUCAGCCUGGCUUGUUUAGCCAGCAAAGCAUCCAGAUCCAUCACCCACCAGCAAGGCAGAGCACCACAUUUCAGCCUAAUUGCUACCGUCCCCUUCAACAUGUCCUAGCAAGUCUGGAAGCCAAACACACACACACACUCUGUUGAUUACCCAUUAAUUUCUUCGCUGGUCUGAGGACAAAGCAAGGAGAAAUCAACCAUGGCCAUGGUGCUGGACGCCUUCGCGUCCUACAUCGCCGACACGAUCAAGCAGAUGGCGGCGGACGAGGUGGGGAUGCUGCUCGGCGUCACCGGGGAGAUCGACAGCCUGCAGGACAAGCUGGAGAGCCUCAGGGACUACCUCGCCGACGCCGAGAGGAAGCGCAUCACCGACCGCAGGGUGCAGGGGUGGGUCACCAAGCUCAAGGGCGUCAUGUACGAGGCGACCAACAUCCUCGACCUCUGCGAGCUCAAGGCCAUGGGUCGGCGGGACGCAGCACCCUCACCCUGCUGCAACCCGCUGCUCUUCUGCUUGCGGCAUCCCAUGUUCGCCCAUGAUAUUGGCAGCCGCAUCAGGAAGCUCAACAAGAGGCUGGACGACAUCUGCAAGCUGGGUGCUGCCUUCAGCUUCAUCAAGCUGGAGACCUACCAGGACUACAGGACCGGCCGACCUUCUGCAGCUGACCGGAAGACGGAUUCGGUGUUGGAACGCUCAGCUGUGGUAGGUGAGAAGAUUGAAGAGGAUACAAGAGCACUGGUUGAGGAGUUGACAAAGGAUAGCGAUGGUAUCAUGGUGGUCACCAUCGUCGGUGUCGGCGGGAUUGGGAAGACCACCCUUGCCAAGAAGGUCUUCAACCACGAGAAAAUUCAACUAAAGUUUGAAAAGAAGAUGUGGCUGAGCAUCACACAGGACUUCAGCGAGGUUGAGCUACUAAGGUCGGCCAUCACUGCCGCCAAUGGAGAACUCCCCAGGACGCAAGAAAAAUCUCAGCUUAUGCCGGCCCUUAAAAAUGCCAUCAAAGAUCAGAAGUUUCUUCUGGUUUUGGAUGAUAUGUGGAGUGAUAGAGCAUGGACCUCCUUGCUCAAUGCUCCCUUCAGCUACGGUGCCCCUGGUAGCCGGAUUGUUAUCACCACCAGAAAUGACACAGUUGCCCGAGGCAUGAGAGCCAGAGAGCCCUACAACCGCAUUGACAAAUUAGGGCCCGAGGAUGCCUGGUCAUUGCUCAGGAAACAGGUAGUCUCAGGCGAUGAAGAUGGACCUGAUAUCGAUAUGCUUAAGGAUAUUGGACUGCAAGUGAUUGAAAAAUGUGAUGGUUUGCCUCUUUCUGUCAAAGUAAUGGGAGGACUUUUGCGUCAGAAAGGGAAGCAACGCCAUGACUGGGAGAUGGUUCUGAAUGAUUCUAUUUGGUCAGUAUCUGAAAUGCCCGAAGAACUAAACUAUGCAGUAUAUUUAAGCUAUGAAGAUUUGCCUCCUUGCAUCAAGCAGUGCUUUCUACACUACUCCCUUCUCCCUAAAGGUGGAUUGUUCUAUCGUAGUGCCAUUAUUGGCAUGUGGAUUAGUGAAGGAUUUAUUCAUGGAGCCUCAGAUCACUUGGAAGAAUUAGGAAUAAAGUACUAUAGUGAGCUGAUACUUAGGAACCUUAUUGAGCCAGGGAUACAGCAUAUUGAUGAUCCAGUUUUCAAUAUGCAUGAUGUUGUUCGCUCAUUUGCUCAGUUUGUGGCUAGAGACGAGGCAGUAGCUGUCCAGAGUGGAGAAAAUGGCAAUAUUAGUGAACUCACUGGACAAAAGUUUCUGCACUUAUCUAUAGAAAGCAAAGUUUCAAAAUCAGAAGCGCUGGACUGGAGUUCUUUACAAGCACAAAAGGCAUUGAGAACACUAAUAUGUGUCGGACAUGUAAACAUAAAGCCUGGUGACUCGUUGGUUGGAUUUCCAUGCCUGCGGAUUCUGAUUCUACAUAUGUAUUCUGCAAAUGUCGCUCUACUGGUUGAAUCUUUACAUGAACUCAAGCACUUGAGGUACUUGUCCAUAAAGAAUUCUGAUACAUCUUGUCUGCCAGAGAACAUUGGGAAGAUGAAGUUCUUGCAGUACAUCAGCAUUAUAGGAUCCCAACAAUUUGUGAAACUUCCAGAUAGCAUUGUAAAUUUAGGAAAGCUAUGGUCUCUUGACUUCAGAGGAACUAGAAUAAAUGGUAUACCUAGGGGGUUCUGUGCUUUAAAAAUUUUGAGGAGACUACGUGGGUUUCCAGUCCAGGUGGAUGGUGAUUGGUGUAGUUUGGAAGAGUUGGGCCCCCUUUCCCAGCUCAGGGUUCUUGAUUUGAGCGGACUGCAGAAUGUAUCUACUACCUUGUCCGCCACAAAGGCAAGGGUUAGUGAGAAGAUUCAUCUUACUAACUUGUACUUACAGUGCAGUAGUAUACUUUGGGUUGAUGGGCUGAUUAAAGAUGAAGAAGGUGUCUCUGAGCAACGACAGAUUAAGGAGGUGUUUGAUGAGUUGUGCCCUCCGCCCAGCUUAGAUGUUCUUGGUAUGCAAGGAUAUUUUGGCCGACAACUCCCAAGCUGGAUGACGUCAACAUUAUUAGCAUCCUCCCUCAGGAGCUUGAGAACUCUAGUGAUGAUAGACCUGGCUUGCUGCACACAACUCCCAGAUGGCUUGUGCCAACUCCCCUAUCUGGAGGCACUUCAAAUCCUGCACGCUCCAUCCAUCAAGCGUGUUGGACCAGAAUUCCUCCAGCCCUACCAUCACCAUGGCGCUCAUCCUUUCCAGGUGGCACUUGCCUUUCCGAGAUUACGCGUGAUGGACCUAAGCGGAAUGCUUCAGUGGGAUGAGUGGGCAUGGGAUGAGCAAGUUCAAGCCUUUCCUGUUUUGGAGGGGCUUUUCCUCACGAAGUGCAAGCUUAGGCUUAUUCCUCCUGGCCUUGUCUCCAAUGCAAGGGCUUUGAAAAAAUUGGUCAUAUCUUUUGUACAGCAAGUCAAAUUACGGAAGAAUUUUGCUUCUGUUACCGAGCUUGAAGUAACUCACAGCCCCGACCUGGAGAGGAUCACUAAUCUCCCCAAUCUUCAGAAGCUUACCAUCAACAAGUGCCCAAAGCUGAAUGUGUUAGAGGUUGUUCCUGCACUCCAGAUUCUGGUGCUAAAUGAUUACACCAUGGAAGUACUUCCAGAAUACAUGCGAGAUAUAAAGCCAAGACAUUUGCAGGUAGACUGCAAGCCAUUGUUGCUCGCCUCAGUAGCUGCAGGGCAAUCUGGCACUGAGUGGGACAAGUUCAGCCAUGUCGAACAUGUCAAGGCAUAUGCAGACGAUGGAAACAGUUUCAGAGCAUUGUUCAUGUUGUACACACGGGAUCCCUGCAGCUUGCGGACAAACAUCAACCACCCAUUUGUAUCUGCAGGAACGUUAUCCUCUUCUGUGGUGGACGCACAAGGAUUUGAGUCUGUAUUCAAAAUGAACAGAAGUACCUUCAACUAUGUCUGCGGCUUGGUGUAUGUGCCAUCUUUAGAAGAUAUGAGCAUCUGCACCUUUGCUGAUGGCGGGGUGCUGUCUCUACAAGAUCGAGUAGCCCUUGCUCUGUUAGUGCUGAACUCUGGUGAGCCUCUGGAGACCAUUGGAUCUUCCGUUGGUGUGAACGAGUCUACUGUCUCGCUGGUAACUGAUAGCUUUGUUGAUGCUGUGGUGGCGAAAGCAAUACACCACCUGCGCUGGCCAUACCCCGAUGAAAUGAAGAAGACCAAACCCAAGUAUCAUAAGAUCCAUGGUCUGCCAAACUGCUGCGGUGUUGUACAUACAAUUCACACCACACCACAAGAUGAUGAGAGAGGUUACAGCUUUGUAUUGCAAGCCGUCGUUGGCCCAGAUUUGAGGUUCAUUCUUGGUCAAUGGAAAUGGUCAGGUAGCAGGAUUCAGCCUGGUAUUAUUCUGCACGACUCUGAACUCUUCCAGUUCUGCGAGGAGGGCAAGUUGCUGAACGGCAACAAACUCAAGGUAUCUUUAGAUGGAUCGGAAGUUGCGGAAUAUGUAAUCGGUGGUGCAGAAUACCCUCUUCUCCCCUGGCUGCUGACACCUUAUAACCAGCUGGAAAAGGAGGAUCACUCAAACUUCCCUGAUCAAGUCGAGUUCAACAGGAGACACUCUGCAGCCCGAACCGUCACACUGAAGGCGAUGGCAAGGUUUCAAGACACAUAUAAGUGGUUGUACACAGGUACGUGGCACCCGAAAAGUCCUGGUAAUGCAAUUUGGGCGUGCUUGUUGUUGCAUAACAUAGUGAUAGACAUGGAGGAAGGUGAAGGUGCACCGUUCAGUGAGGAGUCGGAUUACAGCCAGCAAGUGCGGAGGUUGGCAAAUGAGGACGCUGUCAGGACAAGGGAUGUAUUGGCCCAGUACUGCUUGACAAGCAUGCCAUCACAAUCUGGAGAUGCAGACCAGGAACAGGAAGUAGUUUCCAGCUCAGGGGGCAACUAAAGUGCGACAAGAAGCAUGCACGCACGCAUGCACGAGCAGCAGAGGAAGAAUAGCUAGCUAGCCAGGAAGAGGGGUAGCACACCGUACGUCAUCAUCGCUUAACUUGGAAGUGAAGCUAGACGGGCAUGUAGACCUCCACCUCAUCCUGCUGCUUGGUUACAUGGACCGCAUUCAGAUGAUGCAUGAAAGGCAGUGCUAGCACUUCCUUGCAGUAGACGCAAAUGCUGGCUGAUUCGAUGUCGACGCGACACUGAUUAGAAGCCAAGGCACCUUUCAUGUUAUCUUGGUCGUUUCUUUGGUAAAGAAAAGUGUCAUGCAUUUCAUACUAUAUGUUGGUGACGAGCUUUUAUGCGUUGGAGAAACAAUGGGCGUGGUCGCUGCAUGGGCCAUGGAGGCUACCUGUGAUUUCUGCCUGAAGAACUUGCAGAAACAAACUGUAUGUAUGCUUAUGGUUGUGACGGCCUGACAGGUGUUUGGGCAUUACGUACUAUCCCAGGUCAGUUGUAACGACUGUUGGGGUUAACCUGAUGUGUUGCAGA